AUGGCCACAACUGCGCCAGUUGCUGCCACGCCGGAUGAGGCGCUCGACGAGGCUGCCCCCGCCACUACCCCGCUUGACCCCGACGUCGAUCACGCGUGCAUGCCCCAUGCACGAGGAUCCGACGGGGUGACCAAGUCGCCGGGGUCAGCGGCCUCGCUGUCGCCUGGGCCGGCCGAACCUGUGGAGCUGUCGGCCGGGCCGGCUGGACCCGCGGCGCUCUCCCCUGAGCCGGAGGCCUCGCAGGUCACCGAGUCUUCAUCGCCUGGUCCGUCGAUGCCGAUCACGCCCGGUCUGUCUUCGCCGACCCUGACCGUGCCACCGGAUGCGCCUGUUGACUCGCCCGCCGGUGCGCCCUCCUCGCCGCUGAUGGAUAGUGGCUCCUCUGGUAUGGCAACUCCAGCGCCACCUCCGCCUGUCGUCCUGCGUCCCCAUACUCGCAGCAAAAGUGGCAUCUUCCAACCGAAGAAGCGCACUGACGGCACUGUCGCGUGGCUCGCGGCCUGUGUGGCACAUGCUGAGGCUGACCCUACGACUGAACCAUGA